UCUCAUUGCUCUCUCUCUCUCUCUCUCUCUCUCUGAAAGACAAGCAUCAAUACCUCUGUUUGUUCAUAUUUUCUUUCUUCCAAUUCUGAAAACCCAGAAAAUUUCAGAGAGAAAAAGAAAGUUUGUAUGCUUCAAUGAUGCUCACUUUUUCGUUUCCUGUUUCUUUCGCAUGAAUUUCGUCAGCUUUUGUUCCAGCUUUUGGUUCUACCUGAGCAGACAUUAACUGAUGAACAUUCUUUAGACUUAAACUUCUCGUUAGUCACUCUCUUCGUUUCAUCAUUUUCAUUCUCUCUGUCCCCCUUUGUUAAAUUGAAUUCCUUCAGAUUUUGUGUACAAAAAACAUGCAUCGUUGGGAGAAGACACUGAGGGAAGAUGGAUAUGAUCGUGAUAGGAAAAAUCCAUCCUUCUCUACACGUCUUCUCGAUGAGAUUUACCGUUCCAUUGAUGAAGGCGACAAAGGGACUGACGAAUUGAAAUUCUACAGGGAAACAAUGGGGAAGAAACAGAGCAGAGGUUGUGGGAAAAGCAACAGAACACUGGAAGGCAAAGAGACUGGGAGUCAUCGCCGAGCCUCUUUGAUCGAGGAAUGGAUCGAUAAGAAGGUCAGCGAGAAGGUUGUCACUCAAAGGAGACAUUACUUGACAAAACUGGAGAGAAAAUCACACCCGGAGCAUGAUGUUGACCAGGAUGUUCUGUUCUUCAGCUCCACCUCAAGCUCUUCAGAUUCUAGUUCAGGAGGAUUCUCAUCCUCUGAUACCGAUUCCAUGUCCGGUUUGAAAUCAAGAUCCUCGUGCUUCGGACCUACCAGGCCGAAGCCGAUAAGGACCAGUGUCUCGGCUCGACCGGAGAAAACCGACAGAAAGCAUAGAGCUUUGCCAUUGUUCGAUGACGGUCAUUAUGUUUCUGCGACAGAGGAGACUUCAAGACACGAAGAGGCUAUGAUCAAGUCAAAAUCCAGGGCUCUGAAGAUUUACUCCAAUCUAAAGAAAGUGAAACAGCCGAUUUCCCCAGGUGGUCGCCUUGCGAAUUUCCUCAAUUCUCUUUUCACAACAGGGAAUACAAAGAAAACGAAGAGCUUGUCAACUGGAAGCUACGACGAUGCAACUCACGCGGAGAGGAAAUCCAAGUCGGUGCAAGCGUCAACUUGUUCAUCCGCGUCUUCUUUUUCAAGAUCAUGUCUAAGCAAAAACUCGCCUUCUUCCAGAGAAAAGCUACGCAAUGGGGUUAAAAGAACUGUCCGAUUCUGCCCAGUAAGUGUAAUUGUCGACGAAGAUUGUCGACCAUGCGGGCAGAAAUGCUUGUACGAAGAAGAGGGCUCCAGUCCAAUGCUGGUGUCGUCGGUGCCAACUCCGCGGAAAAUGGGACAAUCAUCAUCGAGUAGAAAGAUUGAAGAAGAUCUCAAAUUCCAAGUCAUUGAGAAAACCCGCCGGGUGGAAGAGGCGGCCAGAGAGUUUCUGAGAGAUUAUCAUCAGAAUCAGAGGAAGAAUGAGGUUAUUAUGAGAGACUUUCGCGGCAAAAAAUAUCAGAAGGACGCGUAUGAAGAUGAUGAUGAUGAUGCCACGAGUUGUUCAAGCUCAGAUCUUUUCGAGCUGGAUCACCUCGCCGUAACGGGUAACAGUAGGUAUCGUGAAGAGCUUCCAGUGUACGAAACUACUCGUGUUGAUACUAAUCGAGCCAUUGCUAAUGGCCUGACAAUGUAAUUCCAAUCAUAUAAUACAGAGCAUAAAUUAUGAUAUAUUUUCUUA